AUGGACGACGGCGAUUUCGAUCUAGACAGAAUUUGGGGCGUCGGGCCAGAGUUUGGAGGAAAAUCAGGAUCAGAAUCGGAAUCAACAUGUUUCGGCCGGCGAGAUGCUCCCGCAUCUGGCCAUAACUCACGUAUUCACGAGACCAAUGUUGGCCGUGAGAGCAAACCUCUUGAUCCCUUGCUACGCGGCGCUCGCCGCUGUGCAAGUAUUGUAAUUUGGAUCCUCACAACCCGCAUAGUUCUCUAUUUGGUCGGACUUUUCCUCGCAGGUGCCGCUGUGUGGAUCUGCUUGCUAUAUCUCCUCAAAUACUUUCCUUCCCUCAUCGCCAACGGCACCGCAUUUUGCUUGGUAAAUGUGCUUACAGGAAUCGAGACUGUGGCAGGCAAGGUUUUCACAACAGCCACGCCAGCUAACAACUACCAAGAUAUGGCCAGCUUCACCUUCCGUCGUCCGAUUGGUCUUGAUGAGUCUGAAGUUGUUCCUUAUGUCCUCCAAACAACGUGGAAGAGUUUCAGUAUAGAAUUCCCGGAGCAAGCGCCUACUCUAAAACAUGACUAUGACAUAACCUUUGGCAACUAUCAAGUCCUUUUGGGCCUCAAUGGGAAGUUUGUCAAUGGAAUGGAAGACAAGACGAUAAGAACCUAUUCCAGAAUUGUAGCUCUCAUUGACCAGAUUUCCUAUGACUCGGACGACACCACCAAGUCUGCGCCUUGGUACAGUUUCCGAUCGGUAGACCAAUACCGCCUUCAACGAGCGAGGCAGUCCCGACAGAAUCUUGCUUAUAUUAUUCAAGAUGCGAUUGAGGAUGUUGAGGAGCAAAUCAGGGCUAUCAAGAAAGCAACCAGGAAAUGUAGUGAAUCAGGCCCUGGCUUGUGUAACAAACUGAAACCAUUCCCCGAUACGUCCUGGAUGGCCAGGGAUAUUGUCGCAGCGACGACUGUUUGCUGCAAGGCUCAGACUGGAUCCGAGAGUCAAUGGAAGCAAGUUGAAAAGACACUCGGCAAUUUUGUGCGAGAUUUGAAGAAAGGUCUGGGGCGCGCUGAAAGCAUUGGCGAUACGAAUUCGCAUCAGUAUAUCUUCAAACAAUUGAAGAAGAUUGCGAUAAGUAUGAAAGAGAAGUGUGAGAAGUUUGCUAAACUUUGA